ACUUUAAAAAGCAGUCUCACCCUCUUCAGCUUCAGUUAGCCUCAACACUUGCACCAACAACUUCUCCAGGUCCUAGACAAGAAACGAAGACAGAAGCAGGAUGACUUCCCAAGCGCUGCAGACCGCGGGUUUUGUAACAGGUGCCGUCGGUACAGUUGGAGUUCUUGCUGCCACUAUUAUGGAUGUGUGGUGCACCGAUCACUCAGAGAACGAUCCAGCUUCCAACAGCCAUUACAGGGGCCUGUGGAAGGACUGCGAGGUAGCCGAGUCUGGACUCGCCGAGUGCCAAUCUUUCAACAGCCAUCUGAGCUUCACAAGAAUCCUUCAGGCUGUUAGAGCUCUGAUGGUAUUAGCAAUUAUAUUAGGUGUGAUUGCAGUGGUCAUCGGAUGCUUCUGCCUAAACUGCAUCAAUGUUAGAAGUAUGAAUACGACGGCCAGGUCCAAGCUGGUGCUAGCCGCAGGGAUUCUGUUUAUAAUUGCUGGCGUUUUUGAUAUUUCUGGAUCAUCAGUGUAUGCUGAUCAAUUAGUGCCUAGUUUCAUGGUCCGAUCCCCAGCCAGAUCCACUCACAAAUCAGAAGAGACGGGAGCAAUAUUAUGUCAGAAUGGCAUGGGCAUGGGCCAGAUCACAAGCCAAGACACAGGCAAGGGCACAGGCCCAGGCCAUUUCCAAGUCCAUGGCCAAGUCCAUGGCCAAGUCUAUGGCCAAGGCCAAGGCCAAGGCCAAGUCUAUGGCCAAGGCCAAGGCCAAGGCCAAGGCCAAGUCUAUGGCCAAGGCCAAGGCCAAGGAAUGGGCAUGGGCAUGGGCUCAGGCACUGGCAUGGUCAGGUACACAUUUGGCGCAGCCCUCUAUAUUGCCUGGGUAGCAGGAGUUUUGUUAAUUUUGGCAGGAAUUUUGAAGUGCAUUUCAUUCAAAACAAUGCAACUCAUUGGCGACACAAGAGAGGCAUAUAUUUACAACGCCACAGCCCAAUGCAGGGGAGCAGAGGAGGAAAAUCGCCUCCAGAGAAUCAGAGGAGAUCAACAACAACAAAUUUAG